AGGCAGAGGGGGAGGAGGAGUGGUAAGAAGGGAGGGGGCUGUAAGUGCUACGCAUCUGUAGGAGCGGAGGAGAGGGAGGAAGGGGACAGCCGAACAGGUCAAGAUGAGAUCGGCGGAAGCAGCAGCGCACGAACACGGGCUGGGAUGGGAAGAGACAAGCAAGAGGACCCCGUCAAGAGAGGCCGAGGAUGAGAGAGACGGCUCCGGAGCACUGCUGCGUCGCUCCAACAUGGAGGCGCAGUGACAGCAGCGCACGUUAGAGGAGAACAUUUCAUUGUAGCCUUGCAGCAUCAUCACCCCCAUCAUCCUCCGUCCAGAGCUGAGCGGGGAGGAGAGGAGACAUGGGCUCCCACGUUGUGCAGACCCUGCGCCAGGGAGUGUGGGCAUCUCUGACCGGCGGCUGGUACCACGACCCGGACCAGAACAAAUUCAACAACUCCUGCCACCUUUAUCUGUGGAUAUUUCUCCUGAUGCUCCCCUUGUCCCUGCAUCUGGCCCUGCCUCCCACCACCAUGGCUCUGAGCAUCUACUGCACCUCCAUCACCGUCUUCUUCGUCCUCAUCAAGCUGGCCAACUACCGGCUGCACCUGAUGUUCGACGAGGGUGAGGCGGUGGUCCGCAGCAGCCUCUCGGACCUCAGCAAGGCCCAGGAGAAGAAGAGCAACGCCUCGGACUCGUGCCAGCCUCCCAGCCUCAGAAAGAGCAGCACGCUCCCCGACAACGUUGCCAUGACGACGCUGGCCCGCAAACGCCCCAGCCCGGUGAUCCAGGUGACGGUGAAGCAGACGGAAACCGACCCGGGACUGAUUGGGGUGGACUGCUCAAAGUCAGAUGAGGGGAAAUCUGCAGAAGGUAACGGUGAGGCUGCUGCAGAGGAGCCCGCCGUGGAGGGAGGCCUCCAGCCACACCCUGAGCUCUCCCCUGAUGACCUCUCCAGCCCCAAUGCGGAGCAGGACGCCCCGCUGCUGCAGGCCCAGCAGAGGUCCCCGUCACGAACCGCCAGGGAAGAAGCGGAGGCGACUGAACCCGCAGUAGAGGAAGGCGGCGACGGUCAGAAAGCUUUGACGGCCAAAGGGGGAGAUCGGUCCGAGGAGGAGAGUCCUCCGGAGAAAGCCUUAGAGCAGGACAGAAGAGAGGAAGAGGAGUGUGAGGAUAAAGAGGCAGCAGAUAGGGAGGCGCUGGAUGAGGGGUUUCCUUCGUCAAAGGGAAGUGAGGAUGAGAGCGAGGAGGGCAGCGAGGGCCUUAAAGAGAACUCGGACGCCAACAACAACUCACUGGAGACUCCAAAGGAUGACCAGGACGAGUUCAUAGACAUCCCAGAAUCUCCUGUACAGGCAGAGCUAGAAGAGGAUGAAGAGGAGGAAGAGGAGGCUUACUGCUCUGAUGAGAUCGAGGUGGUUCUGGUUGACAACUCCAGCCCGGGUCCAGGGUCGGCCCAUCUGGACGACAGCGACACGGUGAAGAUCAUCAUCACCAUGAGCUGUGACCCUCAGACGGCCGCUCAGUUGGAAGAGAGCGUCAAGCAGAGCCUGCUGGAGAAUGCACAGGCUCAGAAGGAUGCUGGAGAGUGUCGCAUCAAGAUCCCUGUCAUCACCUUCGAUUCCCCCGACGAGGAGUGGCAGCAGGAGCAGAUGGAGGGAGAGGAGGGGACCGGCUCGGAGGAUGACCCCGCACCCAGACAGCAGCAGCAGCAGCAGCAGCAGAUCAGGAGCCAAAGCGAAGAGUUUCACUUAUGUAGAGAGACGAUCAGUUCUGAGUCCAACACGCUGGAGUGUCCGGAUCUGGAGCGGGAGCAGCGGAUGAACGAGGACAGCUCGCCGAGCCCACAGCUGACAAACGACAACAGCUCGUCGGGCAUUGACAUCCACUCCCACCCUGAUGACACAGACCCUCUGGAGCCUAUUGUGGACUCACAGGGGUUCCUGCGUCUGCCUCCCAUGGUCCGCCGUUACGGGCCCGGCGGGAGGACCCACAUCCGAGGUCUGAGCAUGGACAGCGGGAAGGACGCCGUCCUCCUUUCAGACCGCUCUCACAACACAACCACAAUGACCAGCUCCAAGUCCGACCUGGAGGCAAAGGAAGGCCAGAUGCCCAAUGAGUCCAACUUCUUGGAGUUUGUUUCCUUGUUAGGUUCCCUCAGUAUGAAAGGGGGAGGGGGGAGCACCCAGGAAGAGGAGGACAAGGAGAGCACACAGAAAGCAGACCCUGACGAAGAAGAAAAUCAGAGUGCAACUCCCAAGCAAGAUCCAGCAACAACAACGGAUACCAGCACGGAGAACAAAUCAGAGCGGCCCGACCCACCCACCAGUCUCCCAACGAACCCACCACAAGCUGUAAAACCUACGCACAUCCCGAUAGUCUCUCCUGACAGCCCGCAGACGGACAGGGAGAAGGACCCGGACUACGACUCCCUCCCAUCUCAGACCUCUCAGUCGGAGAGCUCCAUGCUGCAGGUCAUCUGCAGGCCUGAGGCUACCAAUAAAGAGGAGGCCUACACCUUCCACACUGUGCACAGAGACAGACCCAGGAAGCUGUAUGCAGAGAGGGCCCUCAACCUGCCGCUGGGAGCCGAGCUCAUUACAGGCAACAUGUGUGACCUGCUAUCGACUUCCUCCAACUCAGAGUGUCAGGACGGUGCGGCGGGCGGUCACGCAGACUGCCCUUUCCAGCGACGCAUCAUUCCCGCUCACCGACUGAGGCCACGGAGGACGCACCCAGAGAUCUUUCCGGAAGAGGACUCCUUGGACGAGUCUUCAGAGACGUCCACGCAGGAGAAGCCGACCAGGAAGGUUUAUUAUAAACUCCAGCUGUUUCCAGGGAAGUGGGUCAGCGUUUUGUACGAUCGCCUGACCCUGCUUGCACUUUUGGACAGAAACCAGGAUUUCCUGGAGAAUCUUGCAGCAGUCUUCAUGGCCUUCCUGGUUUCCUUUCUGGGGUUUGUGCUUCUCAACCAUGGAUGUUUCAAAGAUUUCUGGGUCUUCCAGUUCUGCCUAGUCAUCGCCAGCUGCCAGUAUUCUCUGCUGAAGAGCGUUCAGCCAGAUGCCGCGUCACCAACACACGGUCACAACCAGCUGGUGGCCUACAGCCGAGCGGCCUACUUCUGUGUUUUCUGUGCUCUGAUUUGGCUGCUGGAGCAGCUGCUGAGGAGGAAGGACCUGCCCGUCUCCACCCUGUACGGGGUCACCAUCAUCUGCUACGACGUUCUGAGCUUUGUCCGGGACGUCCUCGUCGGUUUUACCUACUGCUUCCCAUUCGCCUUCCUGGUGGGCCUUUUCCCUCAGAUCAACACAUUCACCAUUUACCUGCUGGAGCAGAUUGACAUGCACUUCUUUGGUGGAACAGCUGCCACGAGUCUCAUCUCAGCGAUCUACAGCAUCCUCCGCAGUCUGGCCGCUCUCUCCUUGCUGUACGGUUUCUGUUUUGGAGCUCUCAAGGAGCCGUGGGAUGAACAGCACACCCCCGCCCUGUUCUCUGGUUUCUGUGGCCUUUUGGUCGUGUUCUCCUAUCACCUCAGUCGACAGAGCAGUGACCCCUCCGUGCUGUUAUCUCUUAUCAAGUCAAAAUUGAUGCCCGCGCUUGUGGAGAGCGAGGAGGAGGAGGAGGAGGAGAAGGAGGAAGACGGCGACAUCAAAGACCCGCUGCCUGAGAAGCUGCAGAGCUCCAUGAAGGAGAUUCUCUUAUCGGAUCUGGUGGUUUGCUCCGUGGCCUACAUCCUAACCUUCGCCAUCACAGCCAGCACCGUGUUCCUCUCCCUGAAGCCCUUUGUGACCAUCGUGCUGUACGCUCUGGCGGGGACGGUCGGGUUCGUGACCCACUACCUGAUCCCUCAGCUGAGGAAGCAUCACCCUUGGUUGUGGAUCUCUCAUCCGGUUCUCAAGACCAGGGAGUACUACCAGUUUGAGCCCAGAGAGGAUGCUGUGCUCAUGUGGUUUGAGCGUCUAUACGUGGGGCUCCUGUGCUUUGAGAAGUACCUGGUCUACCCUGCCAUCGUGCUGAGCGCCCUCACUAAUGAUGGCUUUGCCCUCAGUCACCGCAAGAAGCUGGGAAUCCACUGCGACGUUCUCCUGACUACAGUCGCCGGACUGAAACUCCUGCGUUCGUCCUUCUGCAAUCCCAGCUUCCAGUUCCUCACGCUUCUUUUCACCCUCAUUUUUUUCCACUUUGACUGUCCGCACGCCUCUGAGAGCUUCCUGCUGGACUUCUUCAUCAUGUCGAUUGUCUUCCACAAGAUGCGUGAGCUGCUGCUAAAACUCCACUUCAUCCUGGUUUACAUCGCUCCCUGGCAGAUAGCCUGGGGAAGCGCCUUCCAUGCCUUUGCUCAGCCUUUUGCCGUGCCUCACUCAGCCAUGUUGCUGCUACAGACUCUGCUCACCACCGUCUUCUACAUCCCGCUGGCUCCCUUCCUGGGGAGCGCCAUCUUUAUCUCGUCUUACCCGCGGCCCAUCAAGUUCUGGGAACGAAACUACAACACGAAGCGCAUAGACAACUCCAACAGCAGGCUGGUGUCCCAGGUGGACAAGGAGACAGGCUGUGAUGACAACAACCUGAACUCGAUUUUUUACGAGUACCUGACUCGCUCGCUGCAGCAUUCGUUGUGUGGGGACCUCAUGCUGGGUCGGUGGGGCAACUACAGCGCCGGAGACUGUUUCAUCCUGGCUUCUGACUACCUCAACGCCCUCGUCCACCUCAUCGAGAUCGGCAACGGCCUCGUCACCUUCCAGCUCAGGGGGCUGGAGUUCAGAGGUACCUACUGUCAGCAGAGGGAGGUGGAGGCCAUCACAGAAGGCGUGGAGGAGGACGACGGCUGCUGCUGCUGCGAGCCGGGCCACCUGCCUCACAUGCUGUCGUGCAACGCCGCCUUCAAUCUCCGCUGGCUGGCCUGGGAGGUGACGGCCACCAAGUACCUGCUGGAGGGCUACAGCAUCAGCGAGAACAACGCCGCCACCAUGCUGCAAGUGUACGACCUCCGAAAGCUGCUCAUCACCUACUACCUGAAAAGCAUCAUCUACUACCUGGUCCACUCGCCCAAGCUGUGCGCCUGGCUCAAAGACGCCAGCAUCCAGGAGGCGCUGCAGUCCUACACCAAGUGGCACCACAUCGAGCGGGACCCGCAGGUCUUCAGCGUGAAGAUCGACGAGGACUACGUGCACUGCCUGCAGGGGGUGACGCGCGCCAGCUUCUGCAACGUCUACCUGGAGUGGAUCCAGCACUGUGCCGGGAAGAUGGAGACGCCUGUGGACAGCGACGAAGACUCCCCUCUGGUGACCCUGUCUUACGCCCUGUCUGUCCUGGGGAGGAGAUCCCUCGGCACCGCGUCCCACAACAUGUCCAACAGCCUGGAGUCCUUUCUGUAUGGUUUCAACACCUUGUUCAAGGGCGACUUCCGCAUUGCCACCAAAGACGAGUGGGUUUUCACUGACCUGGACCUGCUUCAGAAGGUGGUGGCUCCUGCAGUCAGAAUGAGCCUCAAGUUGCAUCAGGACCACUUCACGUGCCUAGAGGAGACAGAGGAGGCCUCCAUCCUGUACGAAGCCAUCACAAACUACCGCAGCAGCCUGGUGAUCUGCCACGAGAGCGAUCCCGCCUGGCGUAAGGCGGUCCUGUCCAGCCGCGACACGCUGCUCACCCUCAGGCACAUGAUUGACGACGGCACGGACGAGUACAAGAUCAUCAUGCUGUACAAACGCCACCUCAGCUUCAAAGUCAUAAAGAUCAAUAAGGAGUGCGUGCGAGGUCUGUGGGCAGGCCAGCAGCAGGAGCUGGUCUUUCUACGGAACCGCAACCCGGAGCGGGGCAGCAUCCAGAACUCAAAACAGGCGUUGAGGAACAUGGUCAACUCAUCCUGUGACCAGCCACUCGGGUACCCCAUGUAUGUGUCGCCACUAACGACGUCGUUCGCAGGAACUCAUCGUACACUCCGCAGCAUCGGAGGAGGGGCGUUGAGCUUGGAUGCCAUUCGUUCCUGGCUCUGCUCUAAAUGGCUACGAGUGCGUAAGGACAACCUGACCAGCUGCAACAGCGGGGUGAACAUGGAGGAUGUGGACUGCGGCGCCGGCGGUUCGUCCUCGCUGAGUCACAACCGGCCGUCCUCCGUCACGUCCAACAGCCUGAGCCUCUACCAGCACAGAGCCCGGACGACGCACAGCCGCAGACAUCACAACACGGGAAGGAGAGAGUACCGCAGUCGAUCUGUGCAGCCUCAGAGCCAACGUCCUCCUGUAAGCAGCCAAUCAGGUCCCAUCCUGGACUCUGGCUCCGCCCACGGGCUGGUCCAGCGUCUGUCCAACAGUCAGCUGUCCUUUAACACUUCCAUAGCCUCUAUAUUCUCUCAGGUCCCUCGUCUGUCAGGGGCAGGAGGGAUCAGCUCGCAGCUUCAGGCAGCACAGCAUCAGCAGCGCUCCAGUCAGGUCUCCUCAUCUUCGUCUACACUCAGCCUUCUGUUCGGCAAGCGCAGCUUCUCCAGCGGCCUGGUUAUCUCUGGGCUGUCCGCUGCUGAGGGGGGCAACACCACCGAUACGCAGUCCUCGUCUAGCGUCAACAUCGCCGUCGGGCCUUCGCACAGGUCCAGCAGCAGAGCCACGCAGUGGACCUCGGAGCCUUACGAGAGUAUAGACGCAUCCAACUCCAAUGCUGCGGUGACGGUGAGAGAGGGAGCCCAGUCGAGCGAUCAAGGCCUCAGCCAGGGAGUGGACAAGACCCAGGAGGAAUCUGCAUCUGCCUCAACAGCCCCAGAGCCAACGGAUCAGAAGACCGUCUGAGAAGGGGCGGACGGCUUGACAGACGAACGGGAGAGGGAGCCCAAAGGACAGUACGGAAAGGAACAAACCUGCAUACAGAAGAUUGUAUGUGCGCAAGAGAGAGAGAGCACCCAUGCACACAAACCUGCCUUCUCCCUUUAUCCUCAGCAUGUGGUCUCACCUUGGUGUUUGAAUGUAAAGUCUGAAAAAAAGUGAUCUUUGACCUGGUCGAUGAAAUAAAUACAUUUUUGAAUGAAA